UACUAUCAAAAUGCCCAAAUCGUGUGUUGUAGGCGGGUGCACAUGUAAUAUACUGAAAAAUCCCGAAGUAUUUUGGUUGUUGUUUCCCAAAGAUAGUGCAACACAGCGAGCAUGGGUUCGUUUCCUCAACAAUACACGUUCCGACUUCACACUUGGUAGUUCAUCUUUUGUCUGCUCAGCACACUUCACCGAUGAUUGUAUUGAUGAAACACUUAAGAUGAAGCGAAGUCUGUGCUUGCCAUUUCGGUUCAGACUUGAAGUUGGGUCUGUCCCAAGCAUCAAAGCACCAACAGUAUCGGUCAUGCAUCAACGUCCGACACCGAGUACUUCAACGGGAAUUCCUUUGACGUCCGCCGACGUGCAGACGCAGUCGGAUGAGCCCGGCCCCAGCACACGCACCGCAGAUUCGGUAGCCGAGCGCUCUGGGGGAGCAUACCUCAAAAGGGAAAGAGCAAGGCUACUUCAUCAAGUGGAAGAAGAGUAUGAUCAACGACUUGCGGAAGACAUGACGGUAGCCGUAGAAAGCAUUGAUCCAGACAUGGAAGUAGUCGAUGACACAGAUCCUGCAGAAAAAGAAACACCAAGUCUGCUGCUAAUGCACCCAAAUAUCAUACUCCAACUGAAUGUUGUCCAAGAAGUGUACUUUCCUCCUAUAUCGUCCACAAGAAAGACAGUUUUCCAUCGAUCAAAGCAUACGCAGACCAAUCCCAAACUGUUUCCUGUACAACAUAAAGGUGUUCAGACUCUUCGACGAAAAGAGUAUUCAAGAGGAACUCAGUGUGAGCUUGUCAAAGCACCGCAGUUGAAGCUUUUCACUGAGAAUGAGAGCCGUGAACCACCUGCACCAGCUCCAGUACAGGAGGAGCCUGAUUCAUACAGCGAGGAGGAAGAGAGGAAUUCAAGCUCUAGCAGCUACCAAAUGUCAAGUAUUCCAAGCUCCGAUACAGACACCAGACCCUGUGCAUGCUCCCACAGACACGAUAGCCCUUCCACUAUACCAGACUGUCAACCAUCUCACCAGUGUUUCACGCCAAAGACAAAGACAACCAAACUCUCCUUCUCAUUGAGUUCGACCAAGCUAUGAAGGAUGUCACACUUCCGCAUGAUGGGAGGAUCAGAUUGGAUAUUUCUGAUGAGCAAAUUGUGUUCAUGAUUCAUCAGUUUGGAUCCCCCCUCCACCGUGAAAAGGUGACAAUAGCCGACUUAAUGUCCAGAAGUUUGCUGCCAUCAUCAUCCAAAGACUUUAAUUCAUUUGCACCGAGUCAAUUUGUGUGUGUGUUCACACCUGAAAUCAAGGGGUUCGUAAAUAUGAACACAUCAGGGUAUUUUGUUCCUGGAACAAAAUAAGAUUCAUGAUUUCAUACUGAAAAUACCAUAUCAUAUUCAAUAUAUUCAGUUUGGUUGUAAAUGGUAGAGGAACUCUUUGUACUGUUUGGACCAUAUGGGAGAUUUUAAGAGCUUCUUAUGAAGGAGGUAAAAAUAGGGUCAUGCUUUGAAUAAAAUUUCAAAUGUGUCAUAAUCCGUUUACAAAACCUAUGGGAAUAGGGCCAAUGAGAAUCAUAAUUAGACAAACGAAAAACAAAUCAUGACGAAAUAAAUAGCCAUUUUGUUUUGGCUAAAGGCAACCAGGCCAAACCCCUAUGAGUAUUUAAACAUUAAAAGUGCCAUAAAACAAGAUCAAUGCGCUUCACAGCGAUUCUAGAACAUAAGACAGAAGCUAGACAGAAAUAGAAAAACAGGAAGGUUUUGAAAAGUUUGUUAUGUCUCUGAUGUGUACAGGAAGUUUGUUUCAAUCCCUGGAGCCAGCUACGGAAAAAAAAUUGUCAACUGGACUACGAGAUUUGAUGUUAACAUGUAUAUGUAAUAAAAGUAUGUCCGACCAGCCUAACCCCUUGGUUUAUCAAGUCAGCCGAGUUGAACCAUCUUUAAGCAUGAUUGAAUUUAUUGUCAGCCGAGUCAAACGAUUUUUAGGCACAUUGACUUUAUUGGCAGCCAAGUUGAACGAUCUAAAAGCUCAAUUGAGUUUAUUGUCAGCCGAGUCAAACGAUUUUUAAGCACAUUGAGUUUAUUGGCAGCCGAGUUGAACAAUUUUUAAGCACAUUAAGUUUAUUUGCAGCCGAGUCAAAUGAUUUUUAAGCACAGUUGAGCUCCUUGGCUUUGUUAGCGUGAAGUUCCUAAAAUAACAUAUACAAAAAGUCAUCAACCUUUCUGGAACCUUUGAUGAGAGUUUUUGUUCACAGAGAACAAAAUCAUGCACUAACACAUUAAAAGUUUUGAUGGGAGAGACAAUAGGGAUCACAUGAUUGAGAAUCAUUAAGCAGUAAAUUAAUGAUUAAAUAAGUCAGAAUCCUCUAUUGUAUUCUCCUAUUGAAGGGCAAGUGCCCAAAAUACAAUUUUUCUUGAAUUGCAUA